UAUUUUUUUUAAUCUCUGACGGCGUGCGAGGGUGGGAGAGAGGGGAAGAGAGAGAGAAGGGGGCGAGCAAGCCCUGAUUCCCGAGUACGGCGACGGAGGGCGGCGAGGAAGCGGGAGAUCGACCGGAGGGAAAGUGAGGGCCGUGGGAUCGGAUCUUGGCGGCGGAUCGGAUGGCGGAGGAGGACGGGCGGAGCGAGAGCAGCAACUACACGUCGGAGGACGAGGGCACCGAAGACUACCGGCGUGGUGGCUACCACGCCGUCCGCGUCGGCGAUUCCUUCAAGCAGGGGGCCUAUAUCGUCCACUCCAAGCUCGGCUGGGGCCACUUCUCCACCGUCUGGCUCGCUUGGGACACCGUCCACUCCCGGUAUGUAGCCCUGAAGGUGCAGAAAAGUGCGCAGCACUACACGGAGGCAGCAAUGGAUGAGAUAAAGAUCCUGAAGCAGAUCGCUGAGGGGGACCCAGAUGACAAGCGGUGUGUAGUGAAGCUGCUCGAUCACUUCAAGCAUUCGGGACCUAAUGGGCACCAUGUGUGCAUGGUGUUUGAGUUUCUCGGGGAUAACCUCCUCACCCUCAUUAAGUACACUGACUACCGGGGGGUUCCCCUUUCCAUGGUGAAAGAGGUAUGCCGCCACAUUCUUGUGGGGCUUGACUACCUCCACCGUGACCUGCAGAUCAUCCACACUGACCUCAAGCCUGAGAACAUUCUCCUGGUAUCCAGCAUUGACCCUGCCAAGGACCCGCGUCAGUCUGGCAUUCCUCCCCUUAUGCCUGCUGUCAAGUCCGACGACCGGUUACCCGAGCCUCCAACCCCUGUCAAUGGGGACCUUACACGGAACCAGAAGAAGAAGAUCAAGCGGAAGGCAAAACGAGCAGCUGCUGCCACAUCAGGGAGUGCUGUGGCCCCAGCUACUGUGGAUGCUGAUGGGGCACAGGAUUCAUCUGCGCCUGACGAUGAUGGUGAUAGUAGUGUUGGAGUGCACAAUGGGGCAUUUCAUGCGCAUAGGAGGGGGAGCAGGAACACAAGGAAGAGGCUGGCCAUGGAGGCUGACCUACGGUGCAAGCUGGUGGACUUUGGGAAUGCUUGUUGGACAUAUAAGCAGUUCACAAGUGAUAUACAGACAAGGCAGUAUCGCUGCCCUGAGGUGCUUCUUGGGUCCAAGUAUUCCACGCCUGCUGAUAUGUGGUCGUUUGCCUGCAUUUGCUUUGAGCUUGCGACAGGUGAUGUGCUUUUCGACCCACAUAGUGGGGACAAUUUCGAUCGAGAUGAGGAUCACUUGGCACUGAUGAUGGAGCUACUAGGUAUGAUGCCACGCAAGAUCGCCUUGGGUGGCCGAUACUCUCGUGAGUUCUUUAAUAGGUAUGGGGACUUGAGGCACAUCCGCCGCUUGAAGUUUUGGCCCCUCCAUAGAGUGCUCGUCGAGAAGUAUGACUUCAACGAACGAGAUGCAAAUGACGUGGCUGACUUCCUUAUCCCUAUACUUGACUUCGUACCAGAAAAGCGUCCCACAGCUGCCCAAUUGCUUCAGCACCCAUGGAUUGAUGCAGGACCUUUACGGCGUGAACCAUGCUUGCCACCUAGGGAUCGAAGCCAGCCAUCAGAUGAUGGCAUUUCUGAGAAGCAGAGGAAGGAGAAAGAUGAAAGGGAGGAAAUGGCAGUGGGAUUGGGGAAUAUUGCUAUUGAUGGAGCUUCAAGGCCAACCAGAGAUCCUCAAACAAGAAGUAAAUCAGGCAAGGCAAAUGCUACGGCCUCUAGGUAGGUAGUCAUUAUGAUAUACAAGGUUUCCAUCUUCAAAAUUAGCUUGAUUUUGCCUGUGUGCACGUAUUCUGGCAGGGAGAAUGAUAAUCCCUUCCAGUUUUAGGUGUGUCAAAGGAUGGGUGUAAAAUGGAAGGUCCAAGUGUUCUAUUAGGGUGGAAACAGUGGUUGAAGUGGGUUUAUUUGUUGGGGAUUUGAUCCCUACUAGCUCGGAUAUUCUUGAUUCUCUGUAUGAUGAGCUCCCAUUUAUUCAAAUUUCUUUUGGAAUGGACUUGUGCAGAUGCAACCAUCUUAUUAAUCUGGAAAUCUUGAAAUAA